GAGAUGGGUGAACAUGGUGGGGACAGAUUGGAGUUGAAGGAAGAUAAAAGUACUAUUCAUCAUCACUUUGUAGCUAGUGGAGUAGUGGAGAUUAAUGUGAGCUAGAUAGUAACUAACUAGUGCAAUGCGAAGAGUAUAUAUAGAAGGGUGGUAUGUAGUAAUUGUGAUAUAUUCAUUGUUGGGAAGUGCUUAGUGAUUUGGCGAGAAAUGGGGAUUGUGAUGAGGAGAGUAGUAUUUUGGGUGGUUCUAGUUGUUGUGGUGAUGGUUUUGAGUCCUGGUUUGGCUAAUGGAGGAAGUGGUUUUCAUGAGAAGACAAGGGAUGGCAAUGGGAUAAACUCUACUGAUGAUGUUUCUCUUGGAGAGAAAAGUAUUGUGGAAGAUUUUGGCGGGAGAAAGAAAGACUAUUCAUCUGAAAAUGUAGUAGUUGAAAGGAAGUUUAGUGAGAACAAUGGUGGAAAAGGAGGGGGUGCUGGUGGUGGAGGAGGAGGUGGAGGAGGUGGUGGUGGUAGUGGAGAGGGAAAUGGGAGAGGUGGAAAUAGAGGGAGCAGAAAGGGGAGGGGUGGAGGUGGUGGUGGCGGAGGAGGAGGUGGUGGGGGUGGAGGAAGUGGACAAGGUCAUGGAUGGGGAGGGGGAAGCGGUGGAGGAGGAGGAGGAGGCGGUGGUGGUGGUGGAGGAGGAAAAGGUAAUGGUCAUGGUCAUGGAAUAGGUGGAGGAAGUGGAGGAGGAGGUGGAGGUGGUGUCAUUUUAUCUUUCCGUUUGUGUUUCCACAAUCUCUUUUGA